CAAACUAAUACUAUCUCCUAUGGCAUUGAAGCACUUGUCCCUUAUUUUCAUGCUCUUCUACUCAUUAGGAGUGGAUGCAACUAUUUUCACUCUGCAAAAUAAAUGUAGGAACACAAUGUGGCCAGGGAUCCUAACAGCAGCAGGAAAACCUCAACUCAUUGAUGGUGGAGUUAAGCUAAAACCAGGCCAAGCUAUUAAUGUUACUGCACCGAGAGGUUGGUCCGGCCGUGUCUGGGGCCGGCGUGGAUGCACUUUCAACAGCUUUGGUAUCGGAAAAUGCAUCACAGGAGACUGCGGAGGCAAACUCAGAUGUGCUGGAGCCGGAGGCGUACCACCAGCUUCACUGGCAGAGUUUACACUAGACAGUCCAGUGGGAGAUUUUUACGAUGUUAGCCUUGUUGACGGUUACAACUUUCCGAUCUCAAUCAUUCCCUUAGGAGGAUCUGGAAUGUGUAAAGCAGUUAAAUGUAUUUCGGAUUUGAACAGAAACUGCCCUGCCGGAUUGGAGUUGAGAAACAUUAAAGGCCGCGUUGUUGGUUGUAAGAGCGCUUGUAUGGCUUUUCACAAGCCGGAAUUUUGUUGUACCGGUGUCUUCAAUAGUCCGAAAAUGUGUGCGCCAAGUAUCUAUUCAAAGGUGUUUAAGGCUUCAUGUCCUAUGGCUUAUAGCUAUGCCUAUGAUGAUGCUACCAGCACUUUCACUUGCUAUGGAGCAGAUUACUUAAUUAGGUUUUGUUAGAUAGGGAAGGAGUUGAUAGACAUUGCGCAGAGUUGUCUCAAGUGUUUGGAGACCCUGUGUAGCUUAGGCGUAGUUACUCGUGCCAAAACAAAUAAAGAUCAUAUUUAACCACGAUGUAACAUGACAAAAUUUUAUG